AGAGAGCAGUGAAAGUAGGAUGUAUUGUGAUAGUAUUUCAGAGGACAAAGCUAAAGAAGCAAUGUAUAUUAACAUGUGUCUCAUUAAGGAGUGGAGAGUUUACAGCUCUAGAUGACGUGGAACACAGGUGCUUCUCAGACAUAAGCAGCUUUCUCUUCCUGGUUUCUGACAAAUGCCGGGAAAUAAUUGCAUAUUUAUUGCAGAAGGUGUUAGCAGCAUUACUGGAAAAUAACUGCAUAAGUGGCCACAGGUCACUGGAAGAAUUAGAAUGAAGAGAUUUAGGCUGUUUGAACUCUUACUGUAGUCUGUUCCCUUUAUCUUGCUAAGCAGCCCAGUAUGCUUCCUGCUCUGUAUGCAGUAGUUAGUAAUAUGAAGCAAGGGCAUCCAGUUCAUGUACUUACAGACCUACCUGUGCUCUGUCAGGAGUACAAAGGUUAUAGGUUGUAUGUUGUAAAGAUGAUAAAUUAUCAGUGUGUGUCUGUAUAAUACCAUGGAGAGGCUGCUCAUGAUUCACAGGUGACGGUCAAAUGUCUAAAAUAUGGCAUGCUAUAUAGAGCCUGUCUUUUGGGGGACAAGAUUAGUUUCUUGUCAUUAUUUAAUCAGAAACACACUAAGCCCUGUUUGUAUAUCUGUACUUUCUUAAUUGUUUCUUUCCUGUCAUUCCUGUCAAAUAAUCAGACAACUCUGUUGCAGCUCACGUGAAGGAAAGUGCUGGUCCUCAUGACCAUUUCUCCCUUCUAGUCUUCGUCUGCAGUUUGGCAAAAGAUCUUUCUUACCUGUGGCAACAGUGGAGGUCUGCUAAUGACCUCUCCGGCUCACUGCUAUGACCACUCCACUGGAAGAUGCAAUGGACACCUUGAUCAGGAUUUUCUAUCACUACUCUGGCAAAGAAGGAGACAGAAACAAGCUCAGUAAAGGAGAACUCAAGGAGCUUCUCACCAGUGAGCUCACUGACUUCCUUUCAGGCCAAAAGGACCCCUUCCUGGUUGAUAAAAUUAUGAAUGACCUGGACUCCAAUAAGGACAAUGAAGUGGAUUUUAAUGAAUUUGUCAUUCUGGUUGCUGCUUUGACUGUGGCAUGUAAUGAUUUCUUUGAAGAACACCUAAAGAAAGAGGGAUUUUAAAAAUCUUUGAUAUAAUCAAUCUUCAAGCCACAAUUGCAAGCAAAGCAUGCCUAGUUAGGUAGCGUUCAUUGGUGUUUAGUGAAUGCAAACCAUCAUUCCUCCAACUGUUACUGCUCUAAGACAUUUAUGAAGCUAAUCAGCAGCUGGUGUAAGCUGGACCACUG